AGAAAUAAGGAAAUAGUUUACCAUAAUAAGUGGCAUAAUAGUUUACUAAUUAAGGGAGUAUAUUUAUGCACGGGUGAUAUGUUACCAUAAUAUUACUAACAAAAUUAUGCUCUGACCAUUUACCAUUAUUACUAUGCUAGACUUUACUAAUUAAAUAUGAAAUUACAUUUUUUUUUGCAUAAUAUUUUACGUAAUAAUUUAGAAUAAGAUAUUAGAAUAUUCUUGUUUAUGGUAUCAAUAUAUAUUUGGAAGGAUACACUAAAGCUUUUCUAAUAUUUUUUUUUUAAGGAAAAUCUUUUACAGUAUUGUGUAAUAUUUCUUUCCUAUAUAGAUAUUAAAUAAUAAAAAUAGAUGUUAUAAAGGGUGGUUACAUACGGAGGAUACACUCUUUGAAUUUUUUACGUUAUUAUAUGUGUUAUUAUUACGGUGGCAUAUUCACUCGUGCACCUAUAUAGACAAAGGGUGGCAUAUUCUGAUAUUCAUGUUACAAAUAGAUUAUUGAUUUGAAUAAUUGUUUGAUUUUCUUAAGUUCGUGGUUUUAUUAUUGUCUAUAGUAAGUCAUAGAUUAGUAUGGAUUUUUUAAGAUAGCGAAUAAUCGAAUAUAUAAAGAUAGUUAGUGGAGAAAAUGGGAAGCAGGUAACGUUAUUUAGUUGCAAUUAAAUAAAAUAGUUUCUAUUUGGAAUUAUUACCAUUUCAAAUGCUAUAUAUUGCUUCAAAUCAUACGGAGUAGUUAACAAAACAGAUAAUGUCGCCUGAAAAAUCCACAACCACCGCAGCGCAGCCGGAAAUCGAUGAAACAUCCGAGGCUCGAAACGAAGCAAGACUAAAAAUCAUGGAGCUAGCUAACAUGAUAAGCAUACCCAUGGCAUUAAACGCCGUCGUACGCCUCAAAGUACCCGCCGCCAUCUGGUCAUCCGGCGCCAACACCCCUCUCACCGCCGCCGAGAUCAUCCCCCUUAUCCUCCCCAACAACCCCCACGCCGAUGCCGAUAACCUCGGCCGCCUCCUCCGCCUUCUCACCACCUACGGCGUGUUUUCCGAGCACCCAUCACUCGCCGGCGAUGGUCGCCGGAGAUAUUCUUUGACUGACGUCAGCCAGACUUUGGUCGCCGGCGGCGGCGGUGAUGGGUUGUCGUACGGGGAGUACGUGCUGCAGCACCACCAAGAUGCGUUGGUGCGGGCGUGGACGUUGGUGGAUCAUGCGGUGGUGGGGCCAACGUCGAAGACCCCGUUCGAGGUUGCGAAUGGGGAGCCGGCGUAUGAUUACUACGGGAGGAAUGAUGAGAUGAAUGAGCUGAUGCAACGGGCAAUGGCUGGGGUGUCGGUACCGUUUAUGAAGGCGGUGGUUGGUGGUGGGUAUGAUGGGUUUGAUGGGGUGGUGAGAUUGGUGGAUGUAGGUGGGAGUGCUGGUGAUUGUUUGAAGAUGAUUAUGAGUAAGUAUAGUUGUAUUAAGGAAGGGAUUAACUUUGAACUUCCUGAGGUUGUUGCUCAAGCUCCUCAAAUCCCAGGUGUGACUCAUGUAGGCGGAGACAUGUUCAAGUCGAUUCCUUUGGGUGAUGCAAUCUUCAUGAAGUGGGUACUAACAACAUGGAGUGACGACGAAAUCAAGCUGAUCAUGAAAAACUGUUACGAGGCUCUUCCUGCAGGAGGGAAAUUGAUUGCCUGUGAACCAGUGUUACCUGAUACCUCAGAUGACAGUCAUCGGACACGAGCCCUUCUUUCCGGAGACAUAUUUGUCAUGACAAUCUAUGGAGCUAAAGGCAGGCACCGGAUGGAGGAAGAGUACCGACAGCUCGGAAUCGCUGCAGGUUUUCCACAUUUCAGGGCAGUACACAUUGACUACUUCUUCGCCGUCCUUGAAUUCCAAAAAUGAUUCUUGUAAUAGGUAAUUGAGGUUACAUUACAGGUUAAGAGAUGUUAGUAUGUUACACAUUGGAACUGCCUAAAUAAUAGGUCAGAUGUAUUGUCAUCCUCUUCAUUAGUCAUAAAUCUUUUCAUAGCA